UUUUCUCUCUCUUUAGAUUAAACUUUUUUCUUUUUUCCCUUUCUUUUACUCUUUUACUCUUUUUUUUUUUGUUUUUACAUAUAUUUUCCAAUUUCAUUAUGGCAAUGACUAAAGAAACUUUACCUCCUAUUGGCCAUGCAGCUGCUGGUUCAGCUGGUGCAAUGUUUGCUUUAUCUCUUGUAUAUCCACUUGACAUUAUCAAGACAAGAAUUCAAGUUCAAACCAAGAGUAAGAAAGCCUCAGCCGAUAGUGAUGAAGAACAUUAUGCAUCUGCUUGGGAUGGUAUCACACAAAUCGUCAAGAAGGAAGGUAUCAGCGGCCUUUAUGCUGGUCUCGGUUCUUCUUUAAUCGGAACGGCUUCUACCAACUUCACCUACUUUUAUUGCUAUUCUUUCUUGAGAGAAAAUUACAACAAAAAAUACAAUCCUAAUGGUGGUACUUUAUCUACCGCAUUGGAACUUGUUUUGGGUGCUGCCGCUGGUGCCUUAACCACACUCAUCACCACACCUGUUUCCGUCAUCACCACUCGUCAACAGACUUUGCCUGCCAAUGAAAGACAAAGUGUAGUAGAGACUUGCAAAUCAAUUGUACAAGAGGAAGGUAUCAAGGGUUUAUGGAGAGGUAUCCAACCUUCUCUUUUGCUCUGUGUUAACCCUGCCAUCACCUAUGGUAGUUUCGAAAAGAUCAAGCAAAUUGUCCUCACCGUCUUAAAAUUACAAUUGACUCCUGGUGUCAAUUUCUUGGUGGGCGCUCUUUCAAAGACUUUAGCUACUGUCAUCACCUAUCCUUAUAUCAUGGCCAAGGUUCGUCUUCAAUGGAGACCUUCUAAGGAAAUGAAAGAUAAGGUUGUUGCCUAUCAAGGUUCCAUUGAUGUUCUUACCCGUGUUCUUAAGACCGAUGGCUUCUUUGGUUGGUACAAGGGUAUGAGCACACAAAUCACAAAGGCUGUCUUGUCACAGGCCUUGUUGUUUAUGAUGAAGGAUAUCUUCACCAAUUAUACCGUUUUGGCUUUUGCUCUUAUUAGAGCAUCUCAAAAAGCAAAGGCACAAUAGAAUACGACUUGCCUUUUAUAGAAUAAUUUAAAUGCUCUCUUUUUUUUUCUUAUAUCAUAUAUAUACACACACACACACAUAUACAUUCAAUAAAAAAAAAUUAUGUCAUAUUGUUCAUAUGCAUGGCCGGUA